UGAAGGUAGAGAGGAUGAGGAAGUGAGUGUCAGUCUCCACAGAUCUGGGCUCAGUGACACACACACAUGGAUCCUCUGAUGCUCCUGUUUCUUCUCAUUGCUGGGCUCACAGGUGCUGACAGUGUGUCCACAGUUGGAUGGGUGACUGUAUAGAGAGGAGGAUCUGUCACCAUCCCAUGUUUCUAUGAUGACAGAUAUAAGGCACAUGUGAAAUCCUGGUUUAAAGGGAGUUAUUGGAAGUCAUGUACUCCCAUAGUACACACUGACUCUCGACAGGAGGGUAACGUGUCAAUCAGAGAUGAUCCUGACCAGCGAGUCUUCACUGUGACCAUGAACAAUCUGACAGCUGGGGACUCUGGUUGGUACUCAUGCUUUGUAAAUAUUAGUGGAGCUUCAGAUGUUGGAGAUCGGGUUUACCUGUCAGUCACUGAAGGUGUGUCCACACUGAGACGGGUGUCUGUACAGAGAGGAGGAUCUGUCACCAUCCCAUGUUUAUAUGGUGACAGAUAUAAAACUCAUGUGAAAUACUGGUGCAGAGGGUAUAAUGUGAGGUCAUGUACUCCCAUAGUACACACUGACUCUCCACAGGAGGGUAAAGUGUCAGUCAGAGAUGAUCCUGACCAGCGAGUCUUCACUGUGACCAUCAACAAUCUGACAGCUGAGGACUCCGAUCGGUACUGGUGUGGUGUGAAGCAUAGUGGAGCCUCAGAUGUUGGAGAUCGGGUUAACCUGUCAGUCAUUGAUGGUCCUCCAGGGCUGUCUGUGGACAAACAGGAGGUGACGGGUGUGGAUGGAGACAGUGUCAGUGUUCAGUGUUACUAUGGAAACAACAGAAGACAUAGGAUGUGGUGUAAGAUUGGGGGCUCCUGUGCAUCAGAGAGAUCAGUGAGUUUGGAUGGGAGGCCUGUCCUGAUCAGGGAUGACACAGUAAAUAAAGUCCUCAGUGUGACAAUGAGUGGGCUGGAGAGGAAGGACACUGGCUGGUAUUGGUGUGCUGCUGGAAUCCUGCAGAUCCCAGUUCAUAUUACUGUUAAACGUCCCGGUUCCCGUGUCCCGUCUGUCGCCUCCUCCCUGGCACGCCCGGUGAAGCGCGCCUUUGGAGGGGGGGUUCUGUCAUGACCUGCUCGUCGGCUCCUCAUGUGUGCCACGCCCCCUGCUUACCCACGUGUUCUUUCCCGAUUGUACCCAGCUGCCUGCCUGCACCACCCCGAUCGUGACAGAUACUUUACCCAACACCCGAGGCCUGCAGCGGGGCGUCCGGGCCUAUGCCAGAGCCCCAGACUUGUGGUGCUAGAGA